GCUGUAGCGGCAGAGCGGCGGAGCGAGGGACAAAAUCAUGAUGCUUGUCAUGGAUGGAUCCCGCACUCGAUAUCGCCCGGAGCUGAAUUUCCUCAGCCCACUUCUGUCUCCUACAACUCCAAAACCGUCUCCCAAUUGCGACUCCAACACCACCGCUCACCAUGGUUGACGGUGUGCCCCAGAUUCCAGGGCCUUUGCCCUCGUCCUUUGACGGCGACCAGGAACGCUACAACGAACGCCCGCUCCAGAAGGUCUUCCGCAAGAUCAAGGAGGAGCCUCUGAUUCCUCUGGGAAUGGGCCUCACGACUCUGGCCUUCAUCAACGCCUACCGAGCUCUCCGCCGCGGGGACUCCAAGUCGGCGAACCGGAUGUUCCGCGCUCGAGUGGCCGCCCAGGGAUUCACCGUCAUCGCAAUGGUGGCGGGCAGCAUGUACUACAACAAGGACCGCGAGAAGAGCAAGGAACUCCGCAAGCUCAAGGAGGAGCGCGACGCCGAGGAGAAGCGCAUCAAGUGGAUCCGCGAGCUCGAGGCCCGAGACGAGGAGGAGAAGGCCAUGAAGGCCCAUUUGCAGAACCGGAGGAAGCUGGCCGCCGCCCAGACGGAGGAGCCGACUCCCCAGAGCCCGGAGUCGGAGCCGGCAUCGAGCGGGACGGGGGGCGUCCUCGGCCGGAUGGGACUGUGGCCCAAGAGCGAGAACAAGGAUGCAGUGGAAAGUGCGGUGGACGAGGCGGAUGCAAGCGAAAAGCAGGAAAGAAAGAAGAAUCCCAAGAGCUCGCUUGGUGAUCUCGGCGAGAUCAUGUCCACCAAGAAGAAGGACGACGCCGAGUCCAAGAAGGAGUAAUCCCGUCCCCCGAUACCGAGACUAUGGUGAUCACGAGGGACCGGUGUAAAAUCAUUUGUGUUAGUGGCAGGGUCACAUAGUGUACGAUAUCGGGCUGCCAAUUGAUGGCGGCAUGGCUCUACUCAUUAGAUCGGUGUUAAUAUGAUCAGCAAUGUCAUGAAAUCAUGCAAUACGAAUGUGAAUAU